GGGGGCGGGGACCCGCUAGACUCCCACUCCGUGGUCUGCGCUCUCCACUCGCCCGCGCCCUAGGCCGCCGCGCGCUGCCCAGAGGAGGCGCCGGCAGGGGCCGGAGGCGCGCACCCCGCCCGGCACACCCAGGCGGAGCAGCGACCGGGUCUCCUGCAGCGCAGGGCGCCGCCCGCGUGCGUGGUCCUGUCCCCAUCGCGGCCGACCGCACACACCGGGCCUGGUUCUGCAGAUCAGGAGUUGGAGCCCUGUACCUUCCUUUCCUCUGAGCCCUGUCUCCUUCGGCAGGCGGGAGCUCCAUAGAACUCGGUUGCUCUGCUGUUUGCUUUGGAGAGGACACAGCGGACGAUGAGGUUGACUAUGAACUCAAGAGAUAUACUUACCCCAGUCUCCUGGAAUUAAAGGCCUGUACUGCCUUGCCUGGACCUAAGAUUAUCAUGGUUACUAUGCCUCAAGAUCUCCACGUCAAGGUCUCCAUGUCAAGAUCCAAGUCAGAAACAAGUCUUCUAUCCUCAAGAUCUGGAUCACAGGAGAAAAUAAUGAAUGUCAAGGGGAAAGUAAUCCUGUCGGUGCUGAUGGUCUCAACCGUGCUUGUCGUGUUUUGGGAAUAUGUCAACAGGACCCACAGUUAUCAAGAAGAGGACAUAGAAAGAGCGAGAGAAAAGGGGAGAAAUGGAGACAGCAUUGUAGAGCCUCAGCUCUGGGACUGGUUCAAUCCAAAGAACCGCCCGGAGGUUUUGACGGUGACCCCGUGGAAGGCGCCGAUUGUGUGGGAAGGCACUUACGACACAGCUCUGUUGGAAAAGUACUAUGCCAGACAGAAAAUCACCGUGGGGUUGACAGUUUUUGCUGUGGGAAAGUACAUUGAGCAUUACUUAGAAGACUUUCUGGAGUCUGCUAACAAGUACUUCAUGGUCGGCCACCGGGUCAUAUUUUACGUCAUGAUGGACGACACCUCCAGAAUGCCGGCCGUCCGUCUGAGUCCUCUGAACUCCUUGCAAGUGUUCGAGAUCAGGUCUGAGAAGAGAUGGCAGGACAUAAGCAUGAUGCGGAUGAAAACCAUCGGGGAGCACAUCCUGGACCACAUCCAGCACGAGGUUGACUUCCUCUUCUGCAUGGACGUGGACCAAGUCUUUCAAGACAACUUCGGUGUGGAGACCCUGGGCCAGUUGGUAGCUCAGCUCCAGGCCUGGUGGUACAAGGCUAGCCCUGAGGAGUUUACCUAUGAGAGGCGGGAACUCUCGGCAGCCUACAUUCCAUUCGGAGAGGGGGAUUUUUACUACCACGCGGCCGUUUUUGGAGGAACGCCCAUUCACAUUCUGAACCUCACCAGGGAGUGCUUUAAGGGGAUCCUCCAGGACAAGAAACAUGACAUAGAAGCCCAGUGGCAUGAUGAGAGCCACCUCAACAAAUACUUCCUUUUCAACAAACCCACUAAAAUCCUAUCCCCGGAGUAUUGCUGGGACUAUCAUAUAGGCCUGCCCUCAGAUAUUAAAAAUGUCAAGAUAGCUUGGCAGACAAAAGAGUAUAAUUUGGUGAGAAGCAAUGUCUGACUUCAAACGUGAUGGAAACCUGACACCAUUAUUCUGGUGAAUCCCUCUAAAAAGCAGUAACACUUGAUUUCAAAUCAAAUCAAAACCCACCACCAUGGCAUACACGUAUAAAUUCUCCUUAUAACCUUGAGCCUUGUAAUAUGUGAGAGGGUCUAUGGUAAGUAAUCAGGUAUAAAUUCUCAGUGAUUCCUUAUAUAUUCUGGGUUUUGGGGGCCAUACUAACUAAAUAAGCAGGAGUGGAAGAUAAUUCGCAUUAGGUAAAGAAGACACAAGAACAUUCUGUCCAGUGUGUCAGAUAGCUCACUAUAGGCCAGGGUGCUGAGAGAAGCAUUUGGCAGCAGGAUGGGUUGGGUCAGAGCUAGGGGGCUCCGUCCCCUUGGUUUCAUUGUCUUCCUCCUCUUGGAGAUUCUAAAGAAACACAGAGAGGCUUUGCAACCAGAGGACUUCAGGAAGGAUACCAACGAGAUCGUCAAAGUCUGUAAAUCUGACCCUGGCUUCCAGGAGCUGCUGGCAGUCCAGGCCCUGUGGUGCAUAAUGAAGGCAAAGAGUGCCACUAGGUAUCUUGGUGGCACAUGUUCAGAGUCCCAGGAACUAUGGGGGUGACGACUUAGAGGCUAUGCUCUGGUGGAGGGACAUAGGGUAUGGUGUUGGUGUAGGAAUUGAGAUGCAAACACAGGCAGGUUUCUCAUCAAUGACCAACAGCAGGGAUCGAACAGAAAGUGCAUUUUGUUUUACCCAAAUCCUGUUCACAUUGUUAGCCUUGUGUGUUGAGUCCUGUGGAGAGGGAAGGAGAGUACCUCAGUGGACUGAAGAGAAGGACCCAGUUUUUAUCAGAAGGCAAUCUGUCAUCAUCUGGUCCUACCAUCUGCUCUGAACCUCAGAGUUCCUCAGCCCAUCAUGUUCCAGUAUGGAGGACUGACACGGAGCCAGUGAUGGAAGACAAAGCCCUUCGUCACAUGACCUCAUGCCUUGUCUGCACUAUGCAAGUAUGACAGCCAGACAGAUGUACCAGGCAACGUGGGUAACUGACUUCAUGGCGAUGGGAGAUGCAGUCACCACGACCAAGCAGCUGAAGGUUCAGUUCCCUUCUCUGAGAGAAGUGUGAGAGCCUAUGAGUGGUUCUUAACCUGAGGGUCGCGACCCCUUAGGUAUUGAAUGACCUUUUUCACAGGGGUCGCCUACGACCAUUGGAAAGCACAGACAUUUACACUAUGGUUUGUAACAGUAGCAAAAUUACAGUUAAUGAAGCAGUAAAGAAAAUGAUUCUGUGGUUGGGGGUAGCCCGUAUCGUGAGGUCACAGUAUCUGGGAAUCAGAGAACCAUUUCUCUAUAUGGGUAUUUAAGCAAAUAAAUCGAUCUGUAUUUCUGUGUACACAUAUAUUUAUAUUUUGCUUGUCUUCCUGUCUAGGUCAUCGGUUUCUACCUUUAAGCCAUUUAUUUAAAAAGCUAUUGCACUGUCUUGGUGAACAGUGUGUGGGGCUUCAAUAAAAAAGGGUCUUGCGCGUGUCUACAUGGUUCCACCUCUUACUUUCCAACUUUAAAAAAAAAAAAAAAAGUCCUUCGAUAACCCAAGGCAACAAACCCACAGAAUUCCCGAACCAAUGGGCGUUGCGAAAGGGAGUGGAACCUGCACAUCUGUUAAGAAUUCUGCCUGUCUAUCUCUCACCUUGGGCUAGAUCCAGUCUAAAGUGGGAGGGUUUAAUGGUCCUGAACCAAAGAAAUAAUCUGUUCUGAAAGUGUAGGGGGAGAGGCAGGAGGAAUUUGGAGGGAAUUGAUUUUUCUAAAUAAAAUGCAUCUACAAUUUAAAUUCCUAAUGAGUAAAUUUAGGAUUUUAUUAAAGGUGAUGUUUAGACAUUUCUAAAAUAUACAUUCUGGUUUACAAUCAAAUAAAUUAUUUUCUCAGUA